AUGUCCCAAUCACUCCAUCUCCCUUCCAAUCCUACAUCACCCAUCCCCAAGCCCCCACGUCUACUUCCUCGCUCACCUUCGGAUCCCUUGCAUCUCUCUCGUUCAGAUAACACAGCCAGUAAUGGUAAUGGUAAUGGAAGCAAUCAACCUAUCUACGUCCUGACUGCCGACGGAUCAUCAUUAUUCUUAUUGGACCCAUCGAAACCCCGUGGUGGAGAGGAACCACCUCCAUAUGCGAGUUUUCCUAUAUCACCUCAAUUGUCAAAUACCAAUAUCGAUACCGAAGAUGGAAGUGUCGGUGUGAAUCGUCCGGAUGAACACCAUCAUCUACAUCAACAUCAACAUCAUCGUGAUAGAGCUAGAACAUUAUCAUCAUUAAAUACGAAUUAUCAAUCUAGUCGACCGAGAUAUACAUCCACACAAUCAUAUACACGUACUUCACCAUCGAGAACAACGGGAGGGUUCGUAUCGAUAUCUAGAUCUAGAUCUGCAUAUUCAAGUCCUCAUAUACACACCUCAUUACCGCUCACCGAUGAGAAUACCCCAUUACUACCGCAUCCGCCGCCUAUUACCAAUUCGAUAAAUAAGAGGGGAUUAUGGAGAUCAAUAUGGUGUGGUGAUUUAGAUAAUGCAGUUGAUAAGCAACCUGGAGGAUGGGGGAAAGGGUUUAAGAGGUUCUGGAGACCUUUGGGUAGGAAGGAAUAUUGGAGAGCUUCGAUUCAUCUGAUCUUGUUUAAUUUCCCUUUAGCCCUCUUAGUCUGGCCAUUCUUGGUGGCUGGUACAUUAGCAGGAACAGUUCUGUUAAUCACCCUACCGCUUGGUGCAGCAGUCUGGUGGUUGACUUUGUUCAUCUCUCGUUCAGCAGCUAGAUUGGAGAGCAUAAUGCAACUUCAUUACCAUUCACCUCUCUCACCCGCAUCUCCACCAUCGAAUCAUCCUAUAUUCUAUCGGUUGGUCCCUUCCGUAUCGGUCUCUACCAACACGCCAAUUUCAUCGCCUACUUCUCCUUAUCCCCAAACUCCAGGUCUAGAAUCCGACUCGCCUACUUCGGUGACAGAAGACGAUGGUGUCCCAAUGGAAGAUCCUACGACGAUGGUCUGGGAAAAGAGAUUCAUGAAGUGUUCCUACGCGAUGUUCCUCGAUCAUUAUUCCUAUAGCGCCCUCUCAUAUUUCUUGUUGAUCAAACCCCUCAUUGUACUCUUUUCGACCAUUGUCAUUAUCGUUUUGUUACCGAUUGCGAUAGGGACGAUAGUGGGUUUACCGAUUUAUCUCAGGAUGUUGAGGAAGUGGGGGAAGUGGCAGGCGGAAGUUGCUAUUGAGAAUUUGUAA